UAUGUUUGCAGUCACUUCAGAGAGCUGGUCAAACUUCUGUUACACACAGUUACGAUGAAAGUGUUUCAAGCUUCGUUUGUGAAAUACUGAAAACUACAGAGGGACACAACAUCGAAAGGGGCAAUAAAACUAUGGAAAUACCAGCCAUAAAUCUCAAGGCCAUCGUGUUGGUUCACUGGUUACUGACAGUCUGGGCAUUAGUGACUCCCUGGCUUCCUAGUUCUUAUGUGCUGAGCAACGUGAGCGUUCUUGCAGUAGGAGUGUGGGCCAUUGCACAGAGAGACUCCAUAGAUGCUGUAUUAAUGUUCUUGAUUGGGUUGGCAGUGACCAUCCUGACAGACAUUGUUCAUCUUGGGCUGUACUAUGCGGCGGCUGAAAUCGGUUAUGAGAGAGCAGGGCGAGACUUGUUCCGCUUUAGUGGGGGCAUGGCCAUCCUGAGCCUGCUGCUCAAACCUGUUUCCUGCUUCUUUGUCUACCAGAUGUACCGUGAACGAGGUGGGGAAUACAACGUCAACUUUGGUUUUCCAUCAAUAACUCGAAACAGAGAUAACUACCAGUCCAUUGACCAGCCGCAGGAUCAGUCUGCCAGCUCCGCCAGCUCCUACAACCAAACAGAAGGUGGCAAAUCUGCGCCACGUUCCUACUAAAAAAAGACCAAACACAAGAUAUAGCCAACCAGCUUUCCUUGCUGCCAUAAUGUAUAAGGGGUUUUUGUUUGGGUUAUGGAAUUAUUUUGUUUUAGAAUAUUUCUUUUUUUUUUCUUCAUGAAUAAACAAGCUCCAAAACAUGAAUGAAAAGGUUUAGGCAAACAACAUACUGUUCAAACAACAUUUGGUUGGUGUUUGUUGUUUUCAGUCCCGAGGCUCAUGCUUUGAUCCUUACAGCAGGUUAUAACAGUAUAGUUUUAUGUAAGAUGUUAAGUGUUUCCAAAGGUUUGUGAAGCUAUUGUGCAGUUUCACCUUCGAAAAGCCUCCUGAAGCUGUAUUUUGGGGUGUUUAGUAGCUCUCCUGCUAAGUGUCCAUCUGUUACUGUAGGUGAAUUGCUGCUUCUUUUCCAAGACCAUGCAUUGAUUUUCUAGAUUUGUUCAUGUAUUUUUAUUAUUCUCAGUGGAACUGCAAUGUUUCAAAAGAUUCUUGUUAUGCCAUGCAAUCUGUUCUGUAUUUAUGUAGUGAAAUUCAUUAGGUUGCUCAUGCACUGGAUUAUUUAUUUGUUAAGCUUGGUAAUGCUAAGGUUGGGCCUCUGAGAAUUGGGAUUUUGAGACCUGUAAGUCAAAAAGGAUAAAUUUGAUGUAGGAAUGACGGAAUGUUUUUAGAGGCAAACAAGUAUGUAAAUGAGCAUUAAGCACUUGUCAAACAUUAAAACAUGGAGAUGAUGUAUUUUGAGGAAAAUUCUGAGAAUAUAGAUUUGUAACAUAAUUAAUUCAUCUGUUGCGUUCUAUGAUUGCUUUGGACAUUCACGUCCCUAAAUGUCAGUUCUUAAAGGAUUAGAUUAAACAUUAGCUCACCCAAAUAUAAGAAUUCUGUCAUGUCAGUGAAUAGAGAACAUUCAUUUUGCAUUCCGUGUUUGAAUUAAAGUCAUAUGAAAUGACACAAGCAUUUGAUUUUUGGAUGAGCUAUUCCUUAACACAGGUGUGUGUAAUUUUUAACAGUUACAGAAGACAACAUAAGAUUUUACAGGUCAACAUCAUGUUAAACUUUCAAAAUAUGAUAGUGUUUUAGAUACAUUUUUUGCUUCAUUAACUGAAAAUAAAUGCUGGAAUAUUGAGUUGUUUAGUACAUUUACAUGCUGUCAUCUGUUUGAGUUUGAUUGCUUGAAUAGCUUGUUAUUAUAAGUAGUUCGCUGUCCUUUUCAACAGUUCAGUGGUUGACUUAUGUAUGUCAGUUUGGCUUCAUCUGUUGUUGUUGAGUCAAACUGCUUGAUGCAACAUGUUAAAGUUGCACCAGAUUAACCACAGAAACCAGAACUCUGAUUCAGUAUGUUGGACAGAUCCCAAACAAUGCUAAGCAAAAAAGUGAUGUGCCAUAGUUCUCUAAAUUUUGUCUCUUGACAGAUGCAACUAAAUCUCAUUUAAGCAUUUAUUAAAUGAUUGUGUUACACUUAAUUUUAAGGUGUCCUUGUUACAGUGUAAUUAGUACACAAUAAGUACUGAGUAAUAUUAAUAAAGAACAUGUACAUAAUAGGUUUAGGGUUAUGUUUAGAAUCACUUGCUUGUAAGUACACACAGUUUACUUGAUUCGUAAGUACAAUAGAUGUACCAUGUGUAAUAAAGACACUGUAAAAUAAAGUGUUUUUAAUAAUCUUAA